AAUAUCAAAAACACAGCCAGUUACUACUAAAAACCAAAGCCCAAAUAUCUCCUCUCGAUCCAUAUCGGGUAGCCACUCUUCUUUGUAAGAUGCACUCUGCAGUUUUGUGAACUCGAUACGCAGCAGAUCACAUAGAUUUGGAGAAGCGUGAAAUGCUGAAACGUUGAACUGAAUAGAAGGAGCAAAACAUGCAGUGGAUGUGAUGGUGAAACCCAACAAGAAGACAAACUAUGUUGUUCCAAAUCCAUCUGUAGUUAGAGUUGGUAAGCACAAUGUAGAAUAUAAGUUUGGUGUGGUUAAACCCAAAAUGUUGCGAUGUCGUCCAAAGCUGUUUAAAGAUGUCGUUUCAAAAUUUUCUGUUGAAAAAAAAGUUGCAGUAGAAGAAAUGGGUUUUGGGCUGUUGUUGAAGCUCCAGUGUGAGCAACUGCAGCUUGGUUUGUGUGGUUGGUUGAUUGAUAGGUUUGAUCCCAGCAAGUCUUCCAUUGAGGUACACGGUAAGAGAUUCAAUCUUGGUCCGACCGACUUUGAGAACAUAAUGGGGGUCAAAGAUGGGGGACAUGAUGUUGAAAUUCGUGGCUCAAAGGCUGAAAUACAAGAAUUAAAGAACAUCCACUUUGGGAGAAGCAGACAUCGAAUCUCUGGUAUGAGUAAAAUGGCUGAGAAGUUGAAAGAGAAGAAGAAUGUAGAUGACACCUUUAGAGUCAGGUUUGUUCUAUUUGCAUUGGCUACCUUGCUUUGUCCAAGUAUUUCAGGUGAUUUGACUGAAAAGUAUCUACAUCCACUAAGGGACAUCGAUGGUAUAAAAUUAAAAAAUUGGGCAACUUUUUCAUUCAAUUAUCUAGUUGAAGGUCUUGGUACAUUCAAGAAGAAAAACACAUCUUGUAUCAGCGGGUGUGUACUAUUCUUGAAGCUGUUUUAUUUUGAUCUUGUUGUUCAUGGAAGAACGUUUGUAAAUAGAUCAUUGACACCUAUUGUCGCAUGGGGGGAAAAGGAGGAAGUUAAGUUAGUGGAGUGGAUUGAAGAAAAUGGGGGGUUUAAUGGUUUGGACAUUGCUGUUGCUUAUGACCGUAUAUCCUCAAUCCCAAUCAGUGUUGAUGAAGAUGAGGUGGUGGCUGUGAGCAAUGAUCACACAGAGCUUGCAACAGUUGAACCACAGUCGCAACAAAAGACGAUUGAUGAUAAGGCAGCAGCUGAACUGGAAGCUAAACUUGGCAGUGAGAUGAGCAAGAUUGAAGGCCUUACUUAUUGGCAGGUCUUUCAAGCCACUAACAUUUUAACCACCAAUUAUGAUCUGCUAAAAUUAUUUCUUCUCAUGUCUGAGCAAAGCAAAAAGACAUUUGUUCUAAAUUUGUUAGAGCAUGGCACCCAUGGAUUAUGAGUUAAUUAUGAG